GCCUCCGGAAGGGCGGAGCGGCCGAGGCGAGGGACGACCCUUUCACACAUGGCGGAAAGCGAGGAGGCGGAUUGGGAUGCCUUCCUCGACAAAUUUCAGGGCCCGCAGCGGUACGAGGGGGCUUUCGAUCCCACGACGUGGGAGCAGGAAUUCGAUCAGAUUCCAAUGUUCAUGAAGAAUGCUCCCACUGAAAUAAAUCCGAAACAAAAUCCUGAUCUGGCAUGCCUUCAGUCCAUCAUUUUUGAUGAAGAUCAGAGUUCUGAAGAGCAAGCUAAGACUUAUAAGAAUGAAGGUAAUGAUUAUUUCAAAGAAAAGGAUUAUAAGAAGGCUGUGAUAUCGUACACAGAAGGACUGAAAAAGAAAUGCAGUGAUCUGGAAUUGAAUACUGUACUUCAUACAAACAGAGCAGCAGCCCAUUUUUACCUGGGCAACUAUCGCUCAGCUCUGAAUGAUGCUGUUGCAGCAAGAAAACUGAAACCCAGCCACCUCAAAGCAAUAAUAAGGGGAGCACUGUGCCAUGUGGAACUCAAGCAUUUCUCUGAAGCUAUGGCAUGGUGUGAGGAGGGUCUGAAAUUAGAUCCGCAGGAAAAAAAACUUCUGGAAAUAAGAACAAAAGCAGACAGACUUAAGCGUACUGAAGAGCGAGAUUUGAGAAAAGCAAAAUUUCAGGAGAAGAAGGAACAGUCUCAGAAAGAGGCCUUGCUUAAAGCUAUUAAGGAUCGAAACAUCAAAUUGUCUCUGGUCCCCUCAGCAGAUGAGAUGGCCAUAUCAAAAGACCUCGCUGAGAUGUCUUUAGAUGGAUUCAGCUCUGAAAGCGGCAGUGGUGCCAAAGUCUACCUAGAAGACACCGGCAGUCUUACCUGGCCAGUGCUUUUCCUGUAUCCCGAGCAUGGACAAACUGACUUCAUUUCUGCUUUUCAUGAAGAAUCCAGAUUUUCUGACCAUUUAGUUGUUAUGUUUGAAGAAUCUCCUGCCUGGGAUACAGAAAGAAAAUACGUUCCUAAAGAACUAGAGCUUUAUUUUGAGGAUGAAGAAAGAGGAGAUAUAUACCAGAUAAACCCAGAAACCACAUUGUUAGAGGUGUUGCAGCACAAAAGGUACUUUGUAAAAGCUGGAACUCCUGCCUUUUUAGUCCUGGUGAAAGAUGCUCCUUUCUCGAAAAACUAUUUAUUUGGGAAGACGGUUCAUCAAUUAAAGUGAAUUGGGAUGACCUCAGCAAGAAAGCAAAGAUCAACAGUGACUCUCUUCUUACCAUUUAUGCAGUGUCCUAAAUUGGAAUGAUUUCAGAGUAUAUAUUUUUCUGUAACAAUUAGGAUUAAGAAAAGAUAAGCAUAUAUCAGGCUACUAAGAGCCGUGGUGGCACAGUGGUUAGAAUGCAAUAUUGCAGGUUAAUUUUGCCGACUGCCAGCAGUUCAAUUCUCACCAGCUCAAGGUUGACUGAGCCUUCCGAGGUCGGUAAAAUGAAGACCCAGAUUGUUGGGGGCAAAAUGCUGACUCUAAACCAUUUAGAGAGGGCUAUGAAACACUAUAAAAUAGCACUAUAAGUCUAAGUGCUAUUUCUACUAUACUUUUAACUUUCCUUCUGUAUUUGAAUAACUAAACUAUCUUAUUUCUCCUCCUUUUAAUAAAUUAAAACAGUAAAACAAAAUAAAUACGUUACCCAUGGUGUUUAAAGUA